CAUGUCCUUAAGGCUUAAACCCUGGCAGUCUCAUCUCUCUCAGUUACACUCCUUAUCCUUAAACCCUAAAAAUCGCCAUAUCCGUCCUCCCUUCAAGCUUCCUCCUUUAUCCUCAUUCGUCGCGAUCUGCAUGACGCCGGCGAGGCUCCUCACCCACCUCCGUCUCCUCCAGCCUUCUCUUCCUCUCCACUCAUCCAUGAAGCUCUCUCGGUCCCUCCACUCUUCUCGGUCCGUACCCGUUCCUUUCCGAGCCUUCGCUUUCAGGCCCAGGCACGCCGGCUUGUUAGCCUUCCGAGCCAACAGCCAACUGGAUGUGCGGGGGCUCUCGUCCCGGUCUUCUUCCGGUUCGCGGGCAUCUCCGAAGAGUUUAAUCGACGAUGAGGCCGAGCUCAGCGACUGGGUCAGCGGCCUGGGGAAAGACGACUCAGUUGGGGAGGUGAGUUCUAGUAGAGUGCGGGGAAGGAGCUAUGCGGAUGAGGUUUCAUUCGGGGUGAAGCGGCAGAGGUAUGGCGACUCGGACGAUGUUGUCGGGUCGGGCCGGAGGAAGGGUCGGAGGGAUGCAGAGGGGCUUGAUUCAAGGGAUUCUAGGAGAAGAAAUGUGAAUGAGUUGGGGGACGGUGAGGAGUUCUCGUCCCCACGUCGGAGGUUUGAUGAUAGGUCUAACAGCAGAAGCGCGAGACCUUCGACAUGGAAGAGGGGCGGCAGAGAUUCUGAUUCACUACUUGUGCGGAACAGUAGAGGAAAUGCAAAUUCCAUGCGAAGAAAUGCGGGUCCGUUGGAUAAAUCUGAGGAUGAGGAGGAUGAUGUGGAGGAGAGGAAGAGGUCCAUGGGGAGGUUUGACGAUUUGACUAGUGAGGAGGAUAGCGAAGUCGACGACAAAGAUGACGAUGAAGAUGAGUUUUUGAAGAAGAGUGCGAAUUCGUUGUUUGGCGAGGAAAAGCAAGCUGUUGUAGAGAAUUCAAAGAGAAUCUUGCAGCAGAGUUCUGAUUCUUACUUGAGUGAAACUAGAUUUGACCAAUGUUCAAUCUCUCCCUUGUCCUUGAAAGCAAUUAAGGAUGCUGGCUAUGAGAAGAUGACUGUGGUCCAAGAGGCCACGCUUCCCGUUAUACUCAAAGGUAAGGAUGUUCUUGCCAAGGCUAAGACAGGCACCGGAAAAACUGUUGCGUUUCUUCUUCCAUCGAUUGAAGUUGUCAUUAAAUCACCGGCUCCUGCGCGUGAUCAAAAGAGACCACCAAUUCUUGUUCUGGUUAUCUGUCCGACUAGGGAGCUUGCAGUCCAAGCAGCUGCAGAAGCCAAUGCCCUUUUGAAGUAUCAUCCUUCUAUGGGUGUUCAAGUUGUUAUAGGAGGGACACGACUUGCUCUAGAACAGAAGCGCAUGCAAGCAAAUCCUUGCCAGAUACUUGUGGCUACACCUGGAAGGCUCAAAGAUCAUAUUGAAAACACUGCAGGAUUUGCAACCAGGCUGAUGGGCGUGAAAGUUCUUGUACUCGAUGAGGCUGAUCGUCUGUUAGACAUGGGAUUUCGCAAAGAUAUUGAGAAAAUAAUUGAUGCUAUCCCAAAGCAGCGGCAGACUCUUCUUUUUUCUGCGACUGUUCCAGCAGAGGUUCGACAAAUGUGCCACAUUGCUUUGAAACGAGAUCAUGAAUUCAUUAGCACUGUACAAGAGGGAAGCGAGGAGACACACUCGCAGGUCAGACAGAUGCAUCUAGUGGCUCCUUUAGACAAGCACUUUUCCUUGCUCUAUGCUCUUCUAAAAGAGCAUGUUGCAGAUGAUGUCAAUUAUAAGGUUAUUGUGUUCUGCACGACCGCAAUGGUGACCAAACUUGUUGCUGAUGUCCUUGGUGAGCUGAAAUUGAAUGUCAGAGAGAUUCAUUCAAGAAAGUCGCAGUCUUAUAGAACAAAGGUUUCUGAUGAGUUUCGGAAGUCAAAGGGUCUUAUUCUUGUAACUUCAGAUGUGUCUGCACGUGGAGUUGAUUAUCCUGAUGUCACCCUUGUCUUACAGGUGGGAUUGCCUGCUGACAGACAACAAUACAUACAUAGACUUGGUAGGACAGGACGGAAGGGCAAAGAAGGGCAGGGUAUCUUGUUACUAGCUCCAUGGGAGGAAUUCUUUCUGUCAACCGUAAAGGAUUUACCAUUCACGAAGGCCCCAGUGCCUUCAGUAGAUCCUGAUACAAAGAAAAUGGUCGAAAGGGCUCUGUCUCAUGUGGAGAUGAAAAACAAAGAAGCAGCGUAUCAGGCUUGGCUUGGCUACUAUAAUUCGAACAAGAAAAUUGGUAGCGACAAGCUCAGGCUUGUGGAGCUGGCGAACGAGUUCAGCCGGAGCAUGGGGCUUGAUAACCCUCCUGCCAUUCCUAAACUCAUCCUGGGCAAGAUGGGCCUCAGGAAUGUGCCCGGCCUUCGAUCUAGAUAGAUUCUUGAUUUACAUUUGUGCAGCCACAUUGAUACAACAGACUAUCAAGUGCUUUCAUAGAAGAUGAAUGCUGGGGCUGGACUUUCUUCAUUGAUCUACAUGUAACCAGAUCAUGAAGUGGAUGUAUUUGUUUUAGUCCCAUGGCUUGGAGUUUCAGAUGU